AUGGUCGACAUCACCGAGCAAGAUGCGUGGAUCUCGCAUCUCAGCGAGUGCAAGCAGCUCUCCGAAAACGACAUCAAGCGUCUCUGCGACAAGGCGCGCGAGAUCCUGCUCGGCGAAUCCAACGUACAACCCGUUCGCUGCCCCGUCACCGUAUGUGGUGACAUCCACGGCCAAUUCCACGACUUGUCAGAGCUCUUCCGCAUCGGCGGCAACUCGCCCGAUACCAAUUACCUCUUCAUGGGUGACUAUGUCGACCGUGGUUACUACUCGGUCGAGACCGUCACUCUGCUCGUGGCGCUCAAGGUGCGCUACCGUGACCGUGUCACCAUCUUGCGCGGCAACCAUGAAUCGCGACAGAUCACCCAGGUCUACGGCUUCUACGACGAGUGCCUCAGGAAGUACGGAAACGCAAACGUGUGGAAGUACUUUACCGACCUUUUCGACUAUCUCCCACUGACCGCCUUGAUUGAUGACCAGGUACGUACAGACGGAGCAACUGCGUCAUCACCUUACGAUACUGUGUAUGCUGACUUUUCUUUGCGUGUCUCUCCACAACAGAUCUUCUGUCUGCACGGCGGUCUCUCACCCUCGAUCGACACGCUGGAUCACAUUCGAUCCAUCGACCGCAUUCAAGAAGUGCCGCACGAAGGUCCCAUGUGCGACCUGCUCUGGUCUGACCCCGACGACCGAUGUGGAUGGGGCAUCUCACCACGAGGUGCAGGAUACACGUUUGGUCAAGACAUUUCGGAAGCAUUCAAUCACAACAACGGCUUGACGCUGGUGGCUCGAGCACAUCAACUCGUCAUGGACGGAUUCAACUGGUCGCAGGAGCGUAACGUCGUCACCAUCUUCUCCGCACCCAACUACUGCUACAGGUGCGGCAACCAGGCCGCCAUCAUGGAGAUCGACGAGAACCUCAAGUAUACCUUUUUGCAGUUCGACCCUGCUCCGCGUGCGGGCGAACCGUUGGUCUCGAGAAGGGUGCCGGAUUACUUUUUGUAA